CAGCCCACCACUGGAGUAGGAGGGAACUGGGCGGGUCCCAACGUUCGGAUGGCCAAGACAUCCAGCUUCCAAUGCGCUGAUGGCAACAGAUAAGUAAAAAGUGAGCUCCUCGGACGCACGACAACACACCAACUGAAGUGGAAAGCGGCUCCUGUUCUGCUCCUUAUCCCAUAUUUCGGACGCUGCGUAGCCUACGAGGCGGUUCGGCUUCAGACUGCUGCAGGACGGAACCAGACGGAAGAAGUUUGGAAAAGAGAAGUCUCGCCUUUGGUUCGCGCGUUAAGUUUACCCACUUCUCUCUCUCUCCUUUUUUUUUUUUUUUUUUUUUUCUUUUGGCCCUUUAUGUCAGCGAAUUUGUGUCCAACUUCGUAGUGUUGGGAAGGUGGAAAUCAACCAUUUUCGUGUGCCAUCUCGAAAACUCAGUCCCACCAAUGACGGCAGAGGUCCAGCAGCCCCCAGCGCAGACUCCUGCUCAGAGCAGCCCGAUGUCUGCUCCGGAGAAGCCGCACGGACAGACGGCGGUGAUGGAAACCGCCUCCUCCACUACGAAAACCAAAAAGACAAACGCAGGGAUCCGCAGACCCGAGAAGCCCCCGUAUUCAUACAUCGCGUUAAUAGUCAUGGCUAUCCAGAGCUCUCCAACCAAGCGCCUGACGCUCAGUGAAAUAUACCAGUUCCUACAGAGCCGCUUCCCGUUUUUCAGGGGCUCGUACCAGGGAUGGAAGAACUCCGUGCGUCACAACUUGUCCCUGAACGAGUGCUUCAUAAAGCUGCCCAAGGGCCUCGGCCGGCCAGGGAAGGGCCACUACUGGACUAUCGACCCGGCUAGUGAGUUUAUGUUCGAGGAGGGCUCCUUCAGAAGGAGACCCAGGGGCUUCAGGCGCAAGUGCCAGGCGCUGAAGCCCAUGUACAGCAUGAUGAACGGCCUGGGAUUCAACCACAUCCCCGAGUCCUACAACUUCCAGGGGAGCGGCGGGGGCCUGUCCUGCCCGCCCAACAGCCUGUCCCUGGACAGCGGGAUAGGGAUGAUGAACGGACACUUGGCAGGUAACAUGGAGGGGAUGGGUCUGUCCGGGCACACCAUGUCACACUUGUCGACCAACAGUGGACAUUCCUACAUGGGAAGUUGUACGGGGUCCACCGGGAGCGAUUAUGCCCACCACGACAAUUCCGCCUCCCCUCUGCUCACCAGCGGGGGAGUCAUGGAGCCUCACCCCGUCUACUCGAGCUCAGCCUCGGCGUGGGCCCCGGCCCCCUCGGCCUCGCUCAAUAACGGGGCCUCCUACAUCAAGCAGCAGCCGCUGUCUCCCUGCAAUCCAGGGGCGAACCCGCUGCAGCCGAGCCUGCCCACGCAUUCACUAGACCAGUCGUACCUGCACCAGAACGGGCACAGCACCACAGACUUACAAGGUAUUCCUCGGUACCAUUCCCAGUCCCCGAGCAUGUGCGACCGAAAGGAGUUCGUGUUCUCCUUCAACGCCAUGACGUCCUCGGCGAUGCACUCGCCGAGCAGCAGCUCCUACUACCACCACCAACAGGUCGCCUACCAGGACAUCAAGCCCUGCGUCAUGUGAUGCCUUCACGGACACUGUGCAGAACCCAGAGGGCCCGGUGUGACAGCCAUGGAGCCGGGCAGGCAGGCAGGCAGGCAGGCAGAGUGAAGCGAAGAAAACGAGUAAAAUAACCACUGAGCGAGGCCUGCCCCGGCCCCCCUGGAGACAGCUCACCGCUUCAAGUAGCCCGGACUACUUUUUUCUGUACUGUUUUUUUUUCUUCUUCCACACCACGCGGCAAAAGACGCGGAGACAAGGCCCGUCACAAAAGCAACCACGUAAUAAUAAUAUAUAAUAAUACAAACGUUUUUGUUGUUGUUUUGUUCAUGCGUCUACAUCGACCAGCGGGGUUAAAGACUGGCUGUAUGAAACCCUGCUGCUGUUUGGUACUUAGUCCUGCAGAGCGGAUGACUACCACUUCUUCUUCUUCUUCUUCUUCUUCUUCUUCUUCUUCUUCUUCUUCUU